AUGGCGGAACCCGAGGCGCCGCUGAGCCCCGUGCCUGUGCGGUUCGGCAUCCUAGGUGCGGCGAGGAUCGCAAAGAAGGUGGUGCGCGCGAUGCGGAGCGUGCCGGGUGUCAUUCCGUACGCCAUAGGCAGCCGAUCUUACGAGCGAGCCGCGCAGUUUGCUAAGGAGGUCGGCAUGGCUGACGACGCCGCGAUUUACGGCAGCUACGCUGACGUCAUCGCGGAUCCAUUAGUGGACGCCGUUUAUAUCCCGCUGCCGACUGCGCUCCACGUGGAGUGGGUGGUGAAAGCCGCGAAUCACGGAAAGCAUAUUCUGCUCGAGAAGCCCGUGUCGCUGAAUGUGGACGAUCUGAAGACGAUGAUCGCAGCCGUCGAUUCGGCGGGCGUUCAGAUCAUGGACGGCACGAUGUGGAUGCACAACCCACGGGCAGCCGAAAUGAAAUCAGCCAUGCAGGACAGAGAAUCUUUCGGGCAGCUCAUGCGCGUGACGUCAAAUUUCUUCUUCCCAGGAUCAGAGGAAUUCAUGAAGCGAGACAUUCGGCUGAAGAAGGAUCUAGAUGGAUUGGGGUGCUUGGGAGACAUAGGGUGGUACUGUAUUCGAGCGUCGCUCUGGGCUGCUGAUUUCGAGCCGCCAUACAAAGUGCUUGGUCUCCCUGAUCCCAAGGUUAACGAAGAAGGCGUUUUGAUUCGCUGCGGUGGUUACCUGUGCUGGCGAAACGGGUUGACUGCUCUUUUCCAGUGCGGAUUCGAUUCUCCUAGUAAUCAGCGGCUUGAGUUUGCGGGCUCGCUCGCUACAAUCACACUCGAGGACUUCACCAUCCCCUUCCAAGAGAAUAAGGUCGAAUUUGUGAUUGAAAAGGGGUCCAGGUGGCCAAAUUCAGAAUGGGGGGUGGAAUCAAUGGUGGAGAGGAGGGAAAUCGAGCUGACGUGGACGCAGGAGGCGAUGAUGAUUGCUGAGCUGGCGCGGAUUGUGAGGGGAGUGAGAAAAGGGGGAGGAAAGGCAGCAUUGGAUCGGAGAUGGGUGGAUAUGAUGGUGCUGACACAGCGGGUGGUGUGUGCCGUGCAUGACUCCAUUGCACAGGGAGGGGUGCCUGUGCUUAUAGAGAAUGGUCAGGAGAAGAAGCCAUGA